AUGCCUCCCGAGAAGGUGGACUUGAUGGUCACAUUGGGUGGUGAUGGGACGAUAUUACGGGCAUCAUCCUUUUUCGCAACCUCCAAAACUGUUCCGCCAAUCCUCUCAUUCAGUAUGGGCACGCUUGGAUUCCUUGGAGAAUGGAAAUUUUCUGAAUACAAAAGUGCUUUUCGGGAGGUAUACAUGUCGGGUGCGGGUCUCGGAGAGCGUGCGGCGGUGCUUGAUCAUCCGCCAGACGUGCGCGGCGAGCAGACGGCCGAUGGGGUCGGGUCAAAUUGGUCUUCGCUUCGUGGAAUGUCUCUGGGAUCGGCCCGUAGCGCACGGAUCCUGGUCAGAAGCAGGAUCAGAGUCGGGCUCUUCACCCCGGAUGGAAAGCCGGUGUAUAGCAAUGGCGUGGUCAUGUCGUCACCUGCGGAUGACGACGCUGGGGUAUACGCCAUGAACGAGGUAGUCAUCCAUCGUGGCAAGCAACCACAUCUUGCCAUUGUUGAAGUGUACGUUGGUGGUCGCUUUCUCACUGAGGCGGUUGCGGAUGGAAUGAUCAUAUCUACCCCCACUGGGAGUACCGCUUAUAGCCUUAGCUCGGGCGGCAGCAUUAUUCACCCUCUUGUCCCGUCCCUACUGUUGACUCCAAUCUGUCCGCGGAGCUUAAGCUUUCGGCCAUUAGUCAUUCCAUCUAGCACCCCUGUGACGUUGCGAUUGAGCGAAAAGAACCGCGGUGACGAGGUGGAAGUGAGCAUCGACGGUGUUCUCGUCAAGCAGGGACUAAGAGUCGGCAUGGAGAUUCGUGUUUGGGGAGAGGAGAUCAAAGUAGCCGACGGAGCCUGGCACGGAGGCAUUCCAUGUGUGAUGCGCAAGACGAUUGGGAAUGCUGACGCAGCUGACGGGUGGGUUGGGGGUUUAAACGGGCUUUUGAAGUUCAAUUAUCCGUUUGGGGCUGAGCCGUAA